CAGUGAAAAUGGUUUUUGAACUUGAACGCAUUCGAACUGUGUUUGCUAUGGUCAGUUAAGGCUUAGCAAAAUAUAAAAAUAGUUGCCAUUUAUCGUAAUAUUCAUUAAUUUUGCUUAUACAUUUAAUUGAUUAAACAAUUUGAGAGCUGUUUUGUUUUGAACAGGUAAAUAGUGAAGAUAUGUAGUAUCAGCAUUUGUUUACAAGUUGAUUAAGAUUUAUUUGGCAUGGUUUUUUGAUUCUCUUGAAAAUCAUGUUUUGAAAAGAAAAUUGUUGCUGAAUCAAAGAUCACAACAUUUGCUUUUAAAUGAAAUGCAGUGGAGAGUGAAAACUAUUGGUCCUGGCCAAAGAUAUAAUUAUAUACAUUAAUUAGAAAAAUGCAGGAACACCUAGAAAAAAAAGUUUGGAAAAUGUAGGAAAAUAAAGAAACACCUACAAAUGCUUUUAGAUACAUUCAAAUCAAACUCAUCAUCAAUCAUGUCAAAAACUCAAUCAUCUGAUGCAAGAGCUGAACUUGCGGAGCUGGUGAAGAAGCGAGCUGAAAUAGCUGACACAUUAGCCAACCUCGAACGACAGAUAUAUGCUUUUGAGGGCAGUUAUCUGGAGGACACACAACUUUACGGUAACAUUAUCCGUGGCUGGGACCGAUAUCUUGCAACGAGUCGUAGCACCAGCAGUAAAGCAGACAAACGGAAUCGUAAAUUCAAGGAAGCAGAGAGACUUUUCUCUAAAUCUUCCAUCACCUCUAUGGCUUCUGUAAAUGGAGUCGUAGAAACAGAACGUAUGGCAGAAGGUGAGAACAAUUCUGGUGAAACAGUCACUGCUUCAGAUGGGGCAGUUAAUUCUUUGGCAAUCGAUUCAAGAAGCAGCAGCAGUUCUUCAUCAUCUUCCACAAUGAAUGGGAAUCGGUCACCGCAGAAUGUGACCGAGUUCCCUGGCAAAGUGAAAAUGGGUGCACAAAGAAUGAAGAAGAACGCGAAGAAGCCCAGGCGAGCCACUGAUCUUGAUUAAGAGUUUCGCGGUUUUUCUUUGUUCUUUGCAGCAAGUUGUAAAAUCUGAACGGCUACUGUUUUUUGAAAAUAUGAAGUCCAGUAGUACAACCAUUCUUGAUUAAAAAUCUGUCGGUGGUUUCUCUUUCAGUUAUUAUUAUUUGGUUAUAGUGCCUUUGUAAGAAUAUAAUUGUAGUUUAAACAUUAAUAUAGGAAGAUCAAAUGGGAACAGAAAAUCUUCUUGUGAUUCAUUCCAGAUAUUUUAUUUUUUUCAGUCUAGCUUUUUAUGAAGCAUAAGUAGAAUGGUGAACCUGAGUAUGAUCAUAUAGAAAAUUACUUGGACCCUACUGGAUUCUACUUUCAGAUUCUUUUUCUGCUAUAAAAAAUAAUUAAGAAAAUGACUAAAAAUUUCAUUUAAAUAUAAGUUUAAUAAUUAAGUCCAAGUUAUAUUUUAUUAUAGUCAGUUAAUAACAUCUUAUCCAACAGCAGGAUUAUUGCAAUUUUUUAAUUUGGAUAAAACUUUUGAAAAAGUCCAUUCUUGAAAGAUUUCAUUUAAAAUAGAUUAAUUUUUUUUUUCAAUUUUAGAUCUUAUAUAAAAUUGAAGAAUUGGCUAAUAUUUUAAUAUUCAGUGCAUAUACAGUUCAGUAUGUAAUUUUUUAAAUGUAUUAAAAAGAUUUUAUAACUGUUUUAUAGGAGCAUUAACAAUUAUUUACCAUCGGGAUUAAGAAGGUAAAAUAAUAAUAAUAAUUGUGAUUUGGCUUUGAAGUUUUGUUGCACUUUUUUGAUUGGUUAGAUUUGUUUAAUUCUGAAACCUGAUGGUGAAAAAUGGAUGACAUAACAUGGCAGAUUUCAAUUAAGAAUUGGUUGUUUAUAUUCACAUAAGCAUAAAUUGUAUUUAAACCACACCAUUUCUCAUCCAGUUGCUGUAAAUAGUUGUAUAUUGUGGUAAAUGAAGUUAUAUUCUAAA